AUGGCGAAGGAAGAGGGAAAAGACGUGCGAAGGACAUAUCUACUUCGAGUCGCCAGCCAUAUUCUAGGCCUUAACAUUGUGGAAGAGAAGUUACGCCAUCUACAACCGCUCGAAACAUUCUGUGACACUAACAAAACAGUUUUGAGUGUAUCGCUAACCGAACAGCGAGGUAUCGAACUUCUCAAUGAAGUCAAAUCGGGGACAUUGCCGAAGGUGGUGUUCUAUAAGUCACGACCGAUUCCCCUCACUACUGACAAUUACAAAACAAUUGUGAACAUUAUGUCUAUGAAUGGAGGGUCAAACGAAGUCUUUCUGAAAAGUGUACAAAAUGAUCGUCCAAUCGAUGAAAUUGUUGGAUUAGUCGAAGCAAUGGAAGACGCAUGUGAUGCUUUGUGGAACUGUCAGCCUCCUUAUCCAGAAAGUAGAAUGCGAGGUCUCAUACAAUGCAUGGCAAUCUCUGCAUGUAGUCAAUGGGAGCUUUCCGUACAGCUAAUGACUGGUCAGACGUGGAAACGACAAAUACAAGGCGCAUGGGAGGGUGAACCAGUGGAGAUGAAAUACUUGCAAGGAUUCAAAAAAAGGCUGGAGGAGAUCCGCUCACUGAAACAGCUCGGACCCCAGCUAGCCCUCUUGCUCAAUGAACGGGGAAUCCAAAGCGAAGUAGAGACUACCAUCGAAGCUGCACUUAGAAAUACCGCAGUUCUUGACUACAACCCUUUUACGGAACAUGUUUGGAAUUCAAGAGUAGCGAUGGCAGAGAAAGCUCUCGAUUCUGUCAUUGAACGAACCAUACCAGUGUUAAAAAGCCGACUACAAGCGAACAAACUAGAUAGCCAUCAUAUGACAGCAGAACUGGAAAAGUACAAGAACUUUCUGUGCCGAGCAAAAAUCAAAGAAAAGCUACAAAUGGAGAGAGAAACGCUGCUCAACCAGCUGUCCUCUAAACUUGUCGAGAAAGAGCGGGAAACUGACAAUCGCCUCAGUAACUACAUCGAGCAAGGAAGGUUCUUAACUGAGAUUGCUGCAAAGAUUGUGUGGAUCCGUCAGCAAACCAAUAAGCUUGAGCAUAUGCAGUCGCUUUGCUCUUCGCUACUCGACGACCUAUCUGGAUAUGCUGCGCUAACCAAUCGAAUGAAGUCGUUCAAGGAAAAACUACAGAUGGCAGAACAAGAGAGCUUCGAUCAGUGGUGUCGUGACACCAUACAGGCCAUUGAUGACCCUACCGAUUCUAUUGCAUUAGAGACGAAAGGGAAGAUUAUGGUGCUUGAACAAAAACGAGGAACUCUCAAUGUUAACUAUAGCGAUCGCCUUCUCAAGCUUUUAAAAGAGGUUAGACAACUUGCCAGCCUCGGACUGAAUAUUCCGUCAAAAAUCAUUAACUGCGUAAAUCAAGCUGAAAAAUUCUAUAGAUUUGGUGUCGUGCUUAAGCAAAUCGCUCACUUUUACAACACCAUAGAUCAACAGAUGAUACCUUGUCAGCAGGCUCUGCUUCUCGAUGAAGCUAUAGCUUUUGAACGACUGGUUAUUCCACGAAAGAAUGAGGAGAGCGAUAUUUCUCGUGUUACUUGGGAAGAUCCGAAGGAACUCGAGAACUUCAUCACUAAACUACAGGGAGCAUCGAAUAAGCUCUCCACCCAUAAUAGACGGCUACGGAAUGCACACACGGAAAUAGUUCAUAUGGUUUUGGAAUUGGUGAAUUUGGAUGUACUGAAGGAAGUCAACCGAUGGAAGGAGUUGCUUGUUAAAAUACGAUCUAAGAUUUCCGAAGAGGAGUUGGCUCAUGGCGCAUCGAAAGCCAGUUUGCGUCCUUGGCAAAUCCACUGGAACUGGCAGCUAUACAAGGCGCUGCAGUUGCAGUACCAGUGGGGUAUCGAAAGCCUUCAUGCACAGAUACCUUUGAUUCACACGCAGCUGGUUUUUGUGCAACAGAAACUGCAGCUUCGUCCUCCAAUCGAGGAGAUCCGCUCAAAAUAUUAUAAAGAAAUGCGAAAGCUACUAAGCAUUCCGGAGAAGUUCAAAGGCAUUCUAGAUGGUGAACAGGCGGGAAAAUUCUUUUCCUCUAUGCUUUGGAAAAACGCGAACAGAUUUCCUAGCGUCUACGAGAAAGCUGAACAACUUAUGGGAGCUGUAGAAAACGUGGACUCGCAAUUUGCAGAUUGGUUACUGCUGGCUCAAGUAGACCUCGAACAACUGAUUGAAGAAAAACUUACAACAGCUUCCGAUUGGGAAACGCAAAUGAAGUUUUUGAAAACGAAAGGAAGAGAAGCGGAGAAGUUGCCAAGCGAGAUUCGCCUUGAAUGCAUCGUAGUCAGCACGGCUGGUGCAAAAUCUGCAAUUGAUGAACUUCUACAAAGGCUGUUUGAUACCCUCACCUGGACACUCCGCCUGAGCAUCACUACGAAAUUACAGACAAUUCAACAAUUUCUCACACAGGCAAUAACGGUUCUGAGCUCCAGACCUCAGUCUAUCGAUGAGGUUGCCGAAGCGAAUGCCCGUCAUACUGAGUAUGGAAAGACGAAUAAAGAGCUCAAAGCCUCCUGGAAUGUACUGAACGAGCAGCACACAUUGCUGCGCUCUGUAGCUGGUAGUGGAGUUGAUCAGAUGAAUUCGUUGACACAAGAAUGGGAGAAGUUUGAGCUGAUGCUUGAUACCCACCAACAAAUGAUCAAAGAGCAGGUGGAAGUGCUGAAAUCAAAUGUGGACAUCAGAGCGAAAACAUUGAAUGAUGAGACGGAGAAGUUGUUCGCAAGAUGGAAUCAAUUUAAACCGAAAAGCGAUGCGCUGCAAGGCGAUCGACAAGCACUGCUCAAAGCUAUAGAGUUCAUAAAAGAGAAACGAGCCGAAUAUGACGAAUUGGUUGUAAGCAGGGAAAAACUUGAGAAGGAAAGCGAUCAGUUCGAUCUCAAAAGACCUGAUUUUUCUGUGCUCGAUCAGCUGGGAGCAGACAUACAAGAGUAUGAGAACAACUGGGUUAUUUUCGAGGAAUUUAACACUGAACUGCAAUCUCUGGCAAGUGAGGAAUGGAUAGUAUUUAGAGGCCGAACCUACUUGUUCGAUGAGUUCCUACAGAAAUGGUUGGAAAAGCUGAAGUCAUCACAGCAGACGCAUAUGGCAGUUCGAUUAUUGAAGGACAUUGAGUCAUUCAGGGAGUUCAGCAGCUGCCUCAAAUUCUGCCGUGGUGAAGUUCUGAGUCCUGAUCAUUGGCUAGAGAUGUUCCGACUGCUACAGUUGCCAAGAGGAACUACACUAGAAAAGCUCACUUUUGGCGAUCUGAUUUCUGUGGCACCAAAUGUUGUAGCGAAUGUGGAGCAACUGAAAGCUCUCAAUGCAAGGGCACAGGGCGAAGUUACAAUUAGAGAGGCCAUCCAAGAGCUUGAGAUGUGGGCAGCACAGGCUGAAUUCUCAUUCACUGACUACAAGCACUCGAACGGCAGUAACAUGAAAGUGAUUCGAGAGUGGAAAGAGGCAAUUAACUCGGUGAAAGACAGCCAGGCCUUACUCCAGUCUCUCAAAAACUCCCCGUUCUACGCACAAUUCAGCGAUAAGACGAGCAUCUGGGAAAAGAGGCUUUCGGAUUUGGAUGAGUAUUUGCCACAGAUGAAUGAGAUCCAAAGAAAGUGGAUUUACUUGGAACCGAUAUUUGGGAGAGGAGCGUUGCCUGCCGAAGCUAGUCGCUUCGCGCGGGUAGACAGCGAAUUUCGCCUAAUUUUGAGCGAUACGGUACGUGACGCGCGUUUGAUCUCGCUCUGCAACCGACAAUCACUAAGGAAAAGCCUUGAACUUGUCAUUGAUCAGUUGAAUCGCUGUCAGAAAGCACUCAACCAGUUCUUGGAGGAGAAACGCUCUGCAUUCCCAAGAUUCUACUUUCUCGGGGAUGAUGAUCUCCUUGAGAUUCUUGGGCAGUCCACGAACCCGACAGUUAUACAGUCGCAUCUGAAGAAGCUGUUUCAGGGAAUUGACAAAGUGGUAUUUGGCCAAUACAAUGAAACGAUCACAGCCAUGCUUUCUGCACAAGGCGAAGUCGUACAACUGAGCAGACCUGUCCGCGUGGUGGCUCAAGUCGAGGUAUGGCUACAAGAUUUGUCCGAGGAGAUGCGCGCAACGUUGAGAAAGUUAUCAUCAGAAGCCAUCAGGGCCGAGAAUCUUGACCCAGCUAGGUAUCCUUCGCAAGUGCUUUGCCUAGCCGAGCAAGUGAAGUUCUGCAGAGACUGCGAACAGGUUCUCGAUGGAGCGCGGGAUUUCAACAGAUUGAAAUCAGCACUGCAAGAACAACUUCGCGCUUACACAAACACUAAAGUGGAAGAUGUCGUACUUGAUCUCAAAUUGAAGGCGCUCAUACUUGAUCUCAUUCAUCACAUCGAUGUUGUGGACCAACUCACGCACAGUAAAUCCGAUUCCACCCAAUGUUGGACAUGGCAGAAACAGCUACGCUUCUACUUGGUAGGAGAUGCUGUAGUGGCUCGACAAGUGAACAGCGAAUUUGCCUACACUUAUGAAUAUCAGGGUAAUACCGCAAAGCUGGUUCAUACACCACUGACAGACAAGUGCUAUCUCACGCUUACCCAAGCUAUGUACAUGGGCCUCGGUGGAAAUCCAUAUGGACCUGCUGGUACUGGCAAGACUGAAUCUGUGAAGGCUCUGGCUUCACUAUUCGGACGCCAAGUGCUGGUGUUCAACUGCGACGAAGGAAUCGAUGUGCAUUCGAUGAGUCGCAUCUUUAUUGGCAUCGUGCAAUGCGGAGCUUGGGGAUGUUUCGAUGAGUUUAACAGGCUAGAUCAGACUGUGCUAUCAGCUGUUUCUAUGCAAAUCCAAACAAUCCAAGACGUGAUCAAAUCGAAAAGUGGAAACUGCACACUUGGAGGAAAAACGGCAACCGUAGACUCAAAUGCAGCAAUCUUUGUGACCUUGAACCCAGCCGGAAAGGGAUAUGGAGGCAGACAGAAGCUGCCCGACAACCUGAAGCAACUCUUCCGUCCAGUAGUUAUGUCCAUUCCGGACAACGAUGUGAUCGCUGAGACCAUCUUGUACUCCGAAGGAUUCACAGAAGCGCAGACGCUAGCACGAAAGAUUGUCACGAUCUUUAUGUUGAGCAAGGAAAUGCUGUCCGCACAACAGCACUAUGACUGGGGUUUGAGAGCUCUUAAGGUUGUUCUCCGUGGCUGUGGCGAUCUCCGUGCCGCAAAACCAGAUGCAAAUGAGACGGACAUUGUAGUUCAGGCGCUUCUUCUUAACACACUGUCGAAACUCACGGCAACAGAUUCGAAACGAUUCAAAGUGCUCAUUGACGAUAUCUUCUCAACAGUGAAUAAGGAGAUGGCUUCUUUUGGUGACCUCAUCGAGCCAUUGAAGACAGCGGCAUCGGAGAUGAAUAUAGAGUUGUCGGAGAAGCAGAUGCAAAAAGUGUUCCAACUGUACGAGCAGCUACGCCAACGUAUUGGGGUGGUGAUAGUGGGUCCGACAGGAGCUGGGAAGUCGACGGUGUGGCGAGUGCUCAAAAGAGCUCAGAUAAUUGCUGGCGUCGCACUCAAUACUGUCUCUUUCAAUCCAAAAGCUAUGGAGAGAACAAAGUUGCUCGGCCACAUGGACAUCGACACGAGAGAAUGGUCUGACGGUAUUUUGACAAUGGUUGCCAGAGAAGUCAUCAAAGAUACGAGUGUGCAUACAUGGAUUGUCUUUGACGGUGAUGUUGACCCAGAGUGGAUCGAAGCUUUGAAUUCAGUACUGGACGAUAAUCGCCUGCUAACCAUGCCUUCUGGAGAACGUAUACAGUUUGGCACCAAUGUCAACUUCCUCUUCGAAACCGAUUCUCUCGAAUUCGCAUCGCCAGCGACUGUGUCAAGAAUGGGCAUGAUAUACAUGAGUGUAGAAGAUGUUUCUGCAAGGGAAGUGGUAGCAAGAUGGGUGAAGACACUUUCUGACGAACACGUAGAUCUCCCGGAUUGGAUUGAACAACACUUUUACAGAUGCUACGAUUGGUGCCUCGCAACUGGACUCACUUAUGGCAUUGGCAAAAUUGCUGCUUUGGAAAAUGGUCUGAGCCACUUAAGAGGCAGCAAAUCUACGCAACAAUUUCUCGUGAACCUUUUUCGCGGCUUGUCAUCAGUCAUAGAUCCAGAAAAGAAGAGAGACUUUGCAGCGGUGGUGUUCCAAGGCGUUCCCUUGCCAGACAUGGAGAACCCUGAGCUGGUUUACUUCGACAGCAGAACAGAUUCCUUAAUGAGAUAUCAAGACGAUGUAGCCAUGGGCGUCAAAUUGGACGAUUUGAAAAGAGACGUGAAACCGUUUAUUCCGACAGCUUCAGCACAGUCCAAUAGAGAUGCGGUACUCUCUUGGCUAUCGGAAUCAAAUCGUCAACCAUUCAUUGUCAUUGGACCCGAUGGUUGCGGUAAAGAAGAGCUACUGAAGCAUUGCUUUACCGAAGAUAACCAGAGUCAGCUGGCAAUCGUUCACUGCACUGCUCAGAGCCGAGCAUCAGCAAUUCUGCAAUGCCUAUCGCAGCACUGCGUUCAGACUAGUAGCGCUUCAGGAAGAGUGCUCCGUCCAAAAGAUAGGCCUCAGUUGAUCCUCUACUUGAAAGGCCUCAAUCUACCAGCACCUGACAAGUAUGGAACGAACGAGAUGUUGGCUUUUCUCACCCAACUACUUACUUUUCAAGGUUACUAUGAUGAGCACCUUGACUGGAUUGGCCUAGAAAAUAUCCAGAUAUCCGCCUCAAUGGCCCCAUCGGUAACUCAAUCCAGUAUUCCACCUCGUCUAGUAUCGCAGAUGAGGACACUUGCCAUCGGAUAUCCAUCUGAACAAAAUCUCAAUGCCAUCUACUCUGCAUAUUUGAUGCCUAUCCUGGAAGUUCCACUAGGGUCUUCUGCUCGAAUCGAAGCGAUAGCGUCUGUUAUGGUCCGAUUGUACGAGGAGAUACGCGCAGCAUUUCGACCGGCUGAUAGAAGUCAUUACAUCUUCACACCGCGAGAUCUGACGAAAUGGACUAUGGGGAUAUUGCGACAUGAGCUUACUGAUGAAUCAAAAGUGGUGGAAGCUAUAGCUUUCGAAGCAAAAAGAAUAUUCAGAGAUCGACUUGCUGACGAUGAACAUUUGCUAAAAUUCGACGAGCUGCUGGCAUAUGCUAUACCAGCCGUCAAGAGAGAUACAGACAGAGUCUUCAUAUCGAAUGGCACAGUUAUACCUCCACAAAAUGUCAUUGGACUACCACUGGUCCCCUACGGAAAACGCGACUACCAAACCAUGCUACAGAAAGCUGUGAACCGCUAUGAAUUCGAAGUUGCCAACUUUUCCCAUGCCCUGACCGAUGAGAUGUGCGAGAUGUGUGCCAAAGUCGAUAGGGCACUCACUGUGCCAGGCGGUUCGGUUCUCUUAGCUGGACGUUCCGGACUAGGAAGAGCUGAUGCAAUUCGUCUCAUCGCAAGCAUGCAUCAAAUGAACUUGUUCACACCCAGGCUCACGCCACGCUACGGACAGAAACAACUCGAUCAGGACCUCAAAAAUGUGAUUCAGUCAGCAAUUUCGAACAAUGAGCAUGUGGUGUUGCUUAUCGAGGAUCAACAUAUAAUCAAGUCCAGCUUUUUGCAAUCAGUUAGCUGUAUCAUAUCGAGCGGAGAGAUCGCAGGUUUAUUUGCCAAUCAGGAGCUCGACACUUUAUCUACAGCAUUGCGGGAUCAAGCCAGUCAAGAUGGCUUUCAAGGACACAUGCAGCGAUAUUUCGCUCAUAAAGUACGUUCGCUGGUGCAUAUUGGUCUUGUGCUCGACAUUGACGGUUCGGAAUUUGAGAUGAGAACAGCUGCUAAUCCUGAUCUUUUCAAGCUGUCGAAUCUUAUUUGGCAAAACGACUGGAAUAGAAACACUCUUGCUCAGAUGCCACCAUUAUUGCUGCAGAAAAAAGGCAUGAGCGUUCCAGAAGACGUCGGCCAGCUGUUUAGCAAUUUGGAAGCUGCACUACCUCCGGAUGUCCUUUCUCCUUACAAAUACCAAUGCUGCAUAGAGAAUUACGCUUCUAUAUAUGAAGCGAAGAAGUCCGCGAUUUCGGAACGACUUGAACGACUAAAGGCUGGAGUCUCAAAACUAACUGAGGCGCGGGAGCAAGUGGCAGCAAUGCAGAAGAAAGCUGCAAAGAAGAGCAAAUUACUAGCAGAAAAGCAGGCAGAUGCGGACAACGCACUGAAGGACAUCAGCAAAAGCAUGACGGGAGCCGAAGACCAGAAAACGUCCAUGGAGCAACUAAGAGCUGCCACAGAAGAGGAGAAUGUGAAAAUUGCUGAGAAGAAAAAGAAGAUCGAUGAGCAGCUCAAAGAAGUUGAACCGCUGCUAAACGAAGCUCGAUCUGCGGUAGGAUCGAUCAAGUCUGAAUCACUAUCUGAAAUUCGUAGUCUGCGCGCUCCUCCUGAAGCUAUACGAGACAUUCUACAGGCCGUGCUUCUUUUCAUGGGGAUUUUAGACACAUCCUGGGAGGCGAUGAGGAAGUUCCUCUCCAAAAGCAGUGUGAAAGACGAGAUCAUCAACUUUGACGCUCAUCGAAUAACCAAAGAUGUCCAUAAGAAAGUUUCGGCUCUGGUGAAGAGCAAAGAAGCGUCUUUCGACCCUAAAAAUGCCAAACGAGCUUCGGUGGCCGCAGCUCCACUUGCUGCAUGGGUCACUGCUAAUCUACAGUACGCUGAAAUACUUGAGAAAAUUUCUCCUCUGGAACAAGAGAAAAACCAGCUUGUCAGUAAUCUUUCAAAAGCUGAGAAACAGAUCCAAAAGCUUUCGCAAGGAUUACAUACUGUCGAUGAGAAAGUGGCGGUGCUCAAGGAGAACUUUGAAGUUUUGAUGAAGGAAGCAACUCAAAUAAAAAUUGAUUUGGAGAAAGAGCAGGACACGAUAAGAGUUGCUGGAACUCUGAUUGACCGUCUGAGUGGAGAGUUUGCCCGCUGGCAAGUGCAAAUGGAAGCUUUGUCCAGGGAGAUGGAGAAUGUCGAGAGAUGUGCUCUAGUCACUGCUGCAUUCGUCACAUAUCUUGGCGGAUCGUCCGAACGAACUCGGAUUGAUGUGCUGCGCUCUUUGCAACAGAUUUACAAAUUGCAAGAUUUUGAUCCAGUGACUUUUUGUGCUACUGAGACUGAACAGCUCAAUUGGAAGAAUCACGGACUCCCAUCGGAUACACUUUCCAUUGAAAAUGCAGUGAUGAUGCUGAAUACUAUACAAACAUCACUAGUGGUGGACCCAACCGGCCGUGUCGCAAACUUCUUGAACUCAUUCUACCCCAAAUCAGAGCUUUUAAGGGCAACGCAAAACGACCUUUACACCCAGAUCGAAUUCGGAAUUCGCUUUGGCAAAAUUCUCAUAGUAGACGAUGUGACGGAAGUCGACUCAGUUCUGGUGCCAAUUCUACGAAAGGAGCUGUCAUCCCAAGGACCACGUCAAGUGAUCACGUUUGCUGACAAGCAGAUCGAUUUUCAUCCAGACUUCAAGCUAUUUCUUUGCACAAAGAAUGAGCACAUUACUAUCCCGAGCAGUAUCCGAAAUGUGUUAUUUGAAGUGAAUUUUACGACGACGAGGAGUGGUCUCGCUUCUCAGUUGCUUGGGUUAGCGAUCCAGAUCGAAAAGCCGGAACUUGAAGAGAGAUCAAGUGCUCUAGCACGAGAUGCGGAAGGAAAGAAGAUGGAGCUCGAAAAGUUGGAGAUGCUCUUAUUGCAGCAACUAGCAUCGUCAGAAGGCAAUCUGCUCGGUAACACCACUCUGUUAGAUUCACUAAACAAAUCGAAAGAAAAUGCGGAAACGAUCAGUCAGGGAAUCGAAGAGAGCGAAAAGCUGCGCAAGGAGCUCAACGAGCAACGGAAUGCUUAUCUUUCUUUGGCUACUUUCGCCAGCUCACUGUAUUUCAUAUUUUGUGAUCUCCAUUUACACAACCACAUGUACAACUUCAAUGUGAACACAAUUAUAAGUAUUUUCAAGAGAGUGGUAUCUGGCAGCAAGGAUAACACUUCAACUCGGAUCGACACCCAGAUUCGCUCUCUUCAACUUGCUGUAUUUUAUCACAUUUCACGUGCAUUGUUCAAAGCUGAUAGGCUUAUGUUUGCUCUAUCUUUUGUGCAUGGAACUCUGCCAAAAAUGUUCCAACCGAAGGAAUGGGAACUCUUCACGGGUGUGAUACUAGAUGAACCUCAAGCAGCCACCAGUGGUAUCUCUUGGAUAGACGAAAGUCGACAUGCAGCCGUGUCCAAGUUGCAGGCGCAUCUUCCUACACUCUACAAUAAUUUGCAACUUUCCGAUCAAGGUACAUGGAGCGAGUUCAGCAGAGCAGUCGACUGCGAAAAUUCAGUACCGUCUGCAAUCGAGACAAGGAUCACGCCAUUCCAAAAGGUGCUCCUCAUACAAGCCGUUCGACCUGACCGCCUCUAUGCAGCCAUGCAAAACUUUGCUUUGAAAACUCUGAACCUACCAUCCAUCAAUCCACCUCCCUUCAACCUCUCAGAUAUCCUGGCCGAAUCCACUAAUCAGGAACCUAUUUUACUUAUUCUUGCUGGUGGAGCAGAUCCUAGCCAGGAGCUUGAGGAGUUAGCAGCAAAAACCAUUGGAUCCCACAAGUACACAUCUAUUUCAAUGGGGCAAGGCCAAGAACAAGCAACGAUUGAUGGAAUUAGGAAAGCGACUUCUGAGGGCGAAUGGUUAUGCUUAAACAAUGUGCAUUUAAUGCUGAGUAUAGUCCCAACCAUACAAAAGGAGCUGGCCGCAGCAAAUCUCCACGAAAAUUUCCGCCUUUGGAUGACUACAGAAGAAGAAAGCAAAUUUCCUGCGGUAAUGCUGCAAAGUAGCUUGAAAGUAACUUUUGAACCGCCACCUGGACUCCGAAACAACCUUCUGAGAACAUACUCCCAGAUAGACGAUGCCAGACGCUCAGCCCUAACACUUCAAGCUAUAUUUGUCCUAGCUUGGCUACAUGCACUGUUGCAAGAAAGGCGCACGUUCAUUCCUCAAGCCUGGACAAAAUUCUAUGAGUUCAGUAAUGCUGACGUGCGAGUAGCUAGGGUUUUCGUGGAAACGUUCAUCAAGGAUUCGAAAGCUGAUUGGGAGUUCAUACGAGGUCUAUUGAUGUACGUCAUCUAUGGUGGACGCAUAGAGAACAUGUUCGACAGUCAAGUGCUCGACUCCUAUUUAAUGACAUUUUUCACCGGUGAAAAAGUUACUGGGCGCUCUGGUCAAUCUCUAGCAAAAGACGUUGAGCUUCCUGUUUUAGAUAACAUCAGGGAUUAUCAAAAAUUCAUCACUACCGCCGUACCAGCAGAAGAUGAUCCAAUUCUUUUUGGUCUUCCCGUGAAUAUUAAGUUUUCAUGGGAACUGACAGAAGCUGAGAAUACAAUAGCCAGAAUAAGAAGCGCAGUAACAACGGGUGCUGGUCAUGAUCGCAAUAGCUGGGCCGAAUCUUGCACGCCGAUCUUGCAUUUAUGGAAAAGACUUUGCCAAGGCAGUGAUCUUCACAGUAGACAGACGCCCAUUUCGAAAGAGUCAUCAGAUCCAAUUACUGAAGUCAUAUCAUUGGAGUAUAUACAUGCAGUCAGACUCGUACAAAAACUCCAUGCCAGUCUUACAUUGGUAAGUAAAAGUAUACGUGGAACGGUGACCCCGGAUAAGAAUACACUAGAGGUCAUAAACAGCUUGCAGCUGCAUCAGACACCAGAUCACUGGCGCGAUUUAUGGCUGGGGCCAAAAGAACCAGCCGAAUUUUUGUCCACGCUAAUAUACAAGGCAAAAUCUGUACAAGAGCUGGUGCUGCGCUCGGAACAAGGCAACUUUUUGAAAACUCCACUGAACUUUUCGCAGCUCUUUCGACCUGGUCGUCUUCUCAAUGCGCUCCGCCAAGUAACUGCCAGAGCCAAAGGCUGUACGAUGGAUAACCUUCGGUUGACUUCUGCAUGGGAAGCUUCGCAAUUCGGUGACGAUAUCGCAGUGCAAGUGAAGGGGAUUCUUCUGCAAGGAGCAUUAUUCGAUGGACAGCUUAGGAGUACCUUGGCCAGUAGUCCACCCGUGACCAACGCUCCACAACUGACAUUGGCUUGGACACAAAAUGAUUCCGCGAAUAUGUACAGAGAAAAAGAGCACAUUUCGGUACCGCUCUACACCGAUGCGUCAAGAAACGAGCUUGUAGCAACGGUACAGAUGAGAUGUAGUGACGUCCACGCAUGGAACAUCGCUUCGGUGGCAUUAUUUUUACGAUAACGCAAUAGAAUGUUCUAAUUGUUCUUCACGUGACGAGGUACAAGCGAU